CCAUUGUCCAUUUCCGGAAUCUCCUGUAUCAUUAAUCGUCAUGAUCGCAGAUGUCAACUGCCAGUUUAAGACGCGUUUACCGAUUUUUACAAUAACAAUAGCAUAAAUGGUGUCCUGUUUAUGUUUGGUGAUGGAUGCGGUAUCAUAUGUAACCGUUUAAUUUCUCAUAAUCAAGAUAAAGGGAUAUAGGAUGCCAGAUAUCCGCACUGGGCUUUUUUAUAUAAUACACGCACAGCAAAUAACGCAGUGUAAUACGCUUGGUCGUAUAGACACAUGCUAUAAUGUAUCGCCUGAUUGUGUGAAUUCCUUUAUAAUGUAUCUUGUGAUUGUAACAGUAGAGUGAAGCUCAGUGUACUGCAAUGCUGUAGUGAUGUACGAUUCUCCAACGACUCGUUCUUUUCAACCGAAUCACUAAAACAGACUGAAUUGUCCGUCCACGAAUCGGACUUAAUAUGUCCGGGAUCACUUUUUUGGACACGUCCGAUUCAGAAUGAGCCCAAAAUAUCAAAUACUGCAGGAUGUUGCGAUUGGCAUGCACCACGGCCCUUCUCUUCGUUCUCCGUCUGUUCCUCGGCCUGCCCUGGUUCCAGGUUUUACCAUCCAUUUUCAUUUUCUAUGUGGGUUCUGGAGGAUGGAAGUCCAUCCAUGUGUUUUCAAAGACCAUAUACCGCGAUUUGCAUGCAGCCAGUGUGUUGCUGAGGGUAAAGCUGAAUGUCAAAAAGCACCUACGUGAGCGCAACACCGUUCCCAAACUUUUUGCCAAUUCCCUCAAGAAAUACGGUGACAAGACGGCUCUGAUUUUCGAAGGAACGGGCGAGAAAUGGAGCUUCAAGGAGCUUGACGACUACUCCAAUCGCGUGGCUAACUUUUUUCUCCAGAAUGGCUUCAAGGAAGGAGAUGUGGUGGCUCUGUUCAUGGAGAACCGCUCUCAGUACGUGGGGCUCUGGCUGGGCAUGGCGAAGAUCGGAGUGGAGGCAGCACUCAUCAACUUCAACCUGAGACUGGAGGCCCUGGUUCACUGUGUCAACAUCUCCAGCGCCAAAGCGGUGGUGUUCGGCAGUGAGCUAACAGAUGCGAUGUGUGAGGUGCACAGCUCUAUGGGAAAGACUGUUAAGCUGUUCUGCUCUGGAGAAUGGGACCCUAAGCGGGUUCCUGAAGGGACGGAGCAUCUAGAGCCGCUGCUGGAGGCAACACCUACAAACCAGCCCAGACAACCAGAUCGCAGCUUUACAGAUCGCCUUUUUUACAUUUACACGUCGGGAACCACUGGGAUGCCAAAAGCUGCUAUCGUUGUACAUAGCCGGUAUUACCGCAUGGCUGCCUUGGUGUACUAUGGUUUCAGGAUGAAGUCUGAGGAUGUGCUUUAUGACUGCUUACCACUUUAUCACUCAGCAGGAAACAUAGUGGGAGUUGGACAGUGUCUGAUCCAUGGAAUGACUGUAGUGAUCAGGAAGAAGUUCAGUGCAUCAAAGUUCUGGGAUGACUGUAUCAAAUACAACUGCACGAUCGUGCAGUACAUUGGCGAGAUCUGCCGCUAUCUGCUGAACCAGCCAAAAAAGGACACAGAGCACCAACACAAGGUCCGCAUGGCCCUCGGUAACGGCCUUCGCCAGUCCAUCUGGGAGGAAUUCACCAACCGCUUCAACAUACCACAGAUCGCAGAGUUCUACGGCGCCACCGAGUGCAACUGCAGCCUGGGCAACUUCGACAACAAGACGGGUGCCUGUGGAUUCAACAGCCGGAUCCUGCCCUACUUCUACCCCAUCCGCUUAGUCAAAGUGGACGAGGAGACCAUGGAGCUUAUCAGAGGACCCGAUGGAGUCUGUAUCCCUUGUGGUCCAGGAGAACCUGGUCAGUUGGUUGGCCGAAUCAUUCAGAACGACCCCCUCAGACGAUUUGACGGCUACGUCAAUCAAUCAGCCACUAAUAAGAAGGUUGCCAACGAUGUCUUCAAAAAGGGAGAUAGCGCAUAUCUGUCAGGGGACGUGCUGGUGAUGGACGACUAUGGCUACAUGUAUUUCAAAGACCGCACAGGAGACACAUUUCGCUGGAAAGGAGAGAAUGUCUCCACCACCGAGGUGGAGGGAACGCUGAGCCGCCUGCUGGACAUGAAAGAUGUGGUGGUGUAUGGAGUGGAGGUGCCAGGUGCCGAAGGCAAGGCAGGGAUGGCGGCCAUAGCAGACCCGGACCACAGCACAGACCUGGCGAAAUUUAGCAGGGACCUGGAGAAAGCCCUGCCACCUUAUGCCCGGCCCGUGUUUCUGCGCUUCCUACCAGAAGUGAACAAAACAGGGACUUUCAAAUUCCAGAAGACAGAAAUGCGACGGGACGGAUUCGACCCCAAUGUCGUUUCUGACAAACUCUACUUCCUGGACUGCACUAAGGGACAAUAUGUGGAGCUGAAUGUAGAGCUCCAUCGCAGCAUCGUCUCAGGAAAGCAGAAAUUAUGAGACUACUGCCAACCUCCACCUGUUCCCUCACCACCCCGCCUUCAACAGCCCUCAAACCCCACCCCCUCAUCACUCCGCCCCUCGUUACCUCAGCAAAAACAGUGAGGGGCCGCAGGAACGCAUUCUGGCCAUAUAUUCAAUUCCCUGUUGAUUCAUUCAUUCUCACAGCCCACCUCUCUUACAACCGAGAUGGGACUGAGGUGGUGUUCAGCCAUCUUGAAAACAAAACAAAAAUGAAGAAUACAAAAAAUUAAGCAAUUUAGCAAACAAGAAUACAAAAACAAACAGCGAGGAAAGGCACAAGGACCAAAUACACAUCUGUCAAAUGGUAAAGCUUUCCCUUUGCCUCAGCUGCACAAUGCUCGCCUGGCUACAGGAUUCGGGACUGACACACGUUCAUUUUGACGGAUCUGACAAGCGACUGCCAUCGUAAAUGCGCCCUCAAGCCCUGACCAAACCAUGUGGAUCGACGUGCAAUACAAACCCAGCACUGGCUGCGCACUUGUCAGCUGCCAUGUCUUGAUCAAUGCUGUUUAUUUCAAUGUGCACCAAAUGUAUUUAAGUUGUAGAAUAGCUCAUCAUCUAUUUACAAGUUAUGAAUCUAUAUGCUGCGUUGAAGACAUCCAUGAUUGCACUGCUACUGUCAUCAUGAAAGCUGAUUUUCACUAAUGUCUAUACCGAACAGCCCGGUGCGACAUUGUGCAGAGUGGGCUUCGUGGGUUCGCUCCGUUUUGCUAGACACGACGACCGUUAAGAUUCCAGCGAGGACUUCCUAGACUCUCUACAGGACACUAUAGUGGACUUUGCAUAGAGGUGAAUGAAAGUAGUAUACUACUCUGGUGCUAAAGAGUGAACAUCCUCCCCGUAUGCGAAGUGGCGCCAGACCUAAAAAACAUCUUUGCUUCUUGACGUGAAGAGAAUGGAAGCGAAGUAGAGUGAAGGGAACGUGAUGUAGGCUAUCUGUCAUCUGGGUUUUAGUUUUUCUUUCAGCAGCAUGAAUGAUUGAUGCAAACAGAGCACUGUGCCUUACUGUCAGGUCACCACAUAGUGUUAGUGCCCUUGUCCUGUAUCAUUACACUAACUGACCCUGGAUGUCUCCUCCACAUCUCUUAAACAGCUAGUUUAUUUUCUAGACCUAGCUUAUACUCCUCUCCCAUGAAAAUUCCCAUCAUGCAAAGUGUCCAGCACUACAUCUAUGGGCAUCUUUUCCCUUCCAUGUGUAUUUUGCACCAUCACCUCUUGCAAACUUUCCUGUUCUCCUUCGCCCACUGACAGCUGAUUAUUUAUUUAUAUCGUAGCAAGUAUUUAAGUGUGCGUGCACGUGUGAUGAGAUGAUUUUGUGUGACAGCACUUGAAUUUCUCCAGUCACUGUUUUGGCCACUGUACAUUAACGUACAGCACAGAUGUGGGAAAACAUAGAACUGUGUUGGCAUUAUAUGAGCGAGUCUCAUGAGGAACAUACUUCACCAAAAAAUAGAAAAAAGAUUAUAUUUUGCAUAAAAAAUGAAGCCUAUUUUACAAUGUUUUUCCAUUAUUUUCAUUAAAAAUAAGGAUUCUCAUCACUGUAAUGCAAAAAAUGUCAUUCUCGUUAUGAUAAUGACAAAAAAAAUUCACAUUACCUUAAUGACAUUAAAAAUCUCAUUCUCAUUAUUGUAACAACAAAAAAAUCUCAUUUUCAUUACCAUAAUGACAAUAAAAUGCUAAUUCCCAUUACCAAAAAUAGAAUUUGCAAUACCUUAAUGACAAUAGAAUCUCAUUCUCAUUAACAUAACAAAAAAAUCUAAUUUGCCUUACCGUAAUGAUAAAAAAUCAUUACCAUAAUGACACUAAAAUGCUAAUUACCAUUACCAUAUUGACAAUAACAUCUCAUUCUGAUUACCGUAAUGACAAUAAUCAAAUUCUUAUUAUCGUAAUGACAAUAAAAUCUUAUUCUCAUUACCAUAAUGAAAAAAAAAUCUAAUUCACAUUACUGUGAAUUAGUGACAAAAACAUUUUCUUUAUCAGAAUGACGAUAACAUCUCAUUCUCAUUACCGUAAUGACAAAAAAUCUAAUUCACAUUACUGUGAAUUCAUGACAAAAACAUUUUCCUUAUCAGAAUGACAAUAACAUCUCAUUCUCAUUACCGUAAUGACAAAAAAUCUCAUUACCGUAAUGACACAAAAUCUCAUUCACAUUACCAUAAUGACAAAAAAUAACCAGUAAAAAAAAAUAUAUUUUACAUCUCAUUCUCUAUAUCUCGUUAUGGUCAUGAGAAUCUCAUUUUUGUGACCAUAAUGACAAAAAUAUUGUUCUUAAUACUGUAUUACAGUACAUCUUGUCAGGACAUUCUUUUCAUUAUAAUUAUUCAAUUCUAUGGAGCCCCCGACAUGAAAUGCAAAAAAAAAAAAUAGGCCAAAUCAUGCGCACGAUUUACUAAUUCGUUCCCUCAAUUUACUAAAUCGUGUGCACGAUUUACUAUUUCGUUCUUUCAAUUUAUAAAUCAUGUGCAAGAUUUAUAAAUCGAAGGAAAGAAAAUAGUUAAUUGUGCGCAUGAUUUUUUUUUUUUUUUUCUUGCAUGUCAUGUGCAGGGCUCCGUAAAUUCAGUAAAACAAUGUAAAAAAAAGGACUUCAUUUUUUAUUAAUUAAAAUUAUUUUUUUUUUUUUGGGAUGUAGUGUCAGCCACAUAGCUGUACAGGUCAUUUUGUCUUUAAUUGAUACUUCUAGCCAAGGGCGCAGCAGUGAUGUCAUUUAUUAGUCAGCUAAUCAGAUGCAGUUGUCUCCAUCAAUAUUCUUUUCCUGUUUUUAUUUUGUUGUUUGUCCUUUCCUUUAUUAUUUGGAUUUUUUUUUUUAUUUUUUAUUUUUUUUUUUAAAUUUUGUAAAAGAAUGAUGUGUAAUGAUUUGUCAUGGGUUGAGCUUUAUUUCUCCGUUAAGCUUAUUUUUUUUUUUUUUUUUUAUUCUGGGUGUGUGAACGAGAGGGAAAAUGCAUCUUAUGCACUGAGUUAUAUUGUAGACACAAUAUGAUGUCUGAAAUCUUCUCUACAAACAUUUCUUUCUCUCAUGAUUCUGUGUUAGUGUUUGUGUCCUAUGACAGCAAGAAUCCUCACCAGGGAGGUUUUGCUGAAGCGCUCCUCCUUAUUUCUGUUAAUUAAAGGAACAGUUCACCCCAAAAUGGAAAUUCUGUCAGCAUUUACUCACUCUCAUGUUGUUCCAAACCUCCAAAAAGGACAAAAAAAUCUAAAUGACUUAUUCCAAGUCUUCUGAAGCCAUAUGAUACUUUUAUGUGAGAAAACUGAUAAUCUACCUCCAUUUCAGCUUUCAAAUGUCAUUCUCCAUUUUGCAUAUUUAAAAUGCAGAGUCACCUUGACAUCAUCCUGGUGCAUUAAAAUGCCCUCUUUUUUUGAGUUUUGACAGAGAAGAAGAUUAUUGGUAAAUUACAACUUAAAACUACUUCUAUGGUGCUUUUUGUCUUUUUUAGAAUGUGAAUGAAUAUCAUUUUGUGUUCCAAUAAAGUCAUACAUGUUCGGAACAACAUAGUGUGUAAAAAUGAUGACCGUUUUUAUGUACUGUCCCUUUAAAGUUUCAUACAAAGACAUUUGCAGACACACAUAAACAACCUUCAAUUUCAAUAAUUUCCACAUUAAUUAUAUCUGUUUUAAGAGAGAUUUCUGCAUUUUAUUUAUGACUUAAUGACUUUUUUUUUUUUCAUGUAUUGUAAAGGCAUUAGCAAUGUGAAAUGCAAAAGCCAGUGCUGUGAAUAAUUUUGUAUUUAUUUAUUUUUUUAAAUAUAGGUUUUUCCCACUGCAGCAUAAAAAAACAGUCAGUCUGUUUUCAGUCUGAACAUGUUUCAAAGGAACUGUUUAUGUGUGCAAGUGUGUGUCGGUUUCUUUUCGAGAUGACGUGACACUCCUUGUGCAGGAAAUGCGAUGUUGUUCUCAUGUCUUUCCACUAGGAUGUGAUGCUCAUUCAGGCCUCAUUCCACAAACCUUCCCUCCCCAUGCUCAGAAUGCCUGAUUUUUUUCCAUCCAAAAAUCUUGUUAAUGCACCAAUAUGUUUUCAUUGAUAAUGAGGGAUAUCUAAUGUUUUGUUUAACCUAUGUACUGUGGAUUUUGUUAUUUGUUUUGUCAAUGGCUUUAAAGCUACAAAGGACCAUUUUCAAGCAACAUAAGUUAUAUUGUUUAUAUCUUGUUUUAUUGAGCACCAAAGCCAUUGAAGAUUUUGCAGUUUGUUAGUUAGAGAAAUCAGAUUUGUCGCCCUUCUCAAAAGACUGGUCAUAAAUGCACUUUUGUUUUGUCUAUUUCUGUUCAGUACUCAGGAACAACAUGCAGAGGCAGAUGAGAAGUGGAAACUAUGAGUAAGCUGGCGGUGUAUGUGUGAGUGUGCGUGUGUGUGUUUAUGUAGAGGAGGUGUGUGAGGUGUGCCGCGUCACACUGAGGUCCUCUUGUCUUAAAGACUAGCUGUAAAUCAUGCUCUUUCAAAACUAUGGCAUCCAAGAAUCCAUAUUAAUAAAAAAAUAUAUUAAUUCUC